UAUCUUUGUGUAUGAUUCAAAAUUUUAGUAAAUUUUUUUGUUUUUAAAUAAAAGUGCGAAAGGACAAUAGCUAAACAACAUGAGCGGGCCAUUUUCUCAUUACUCCAUAGUAUCGCAGGACGAUUUCGAACGACGUAGCAUCCAAAGUCAAACCAGUGCUACACUGGCCCAAAUCGAUGCAUUUGAUUUCAAUCCGCGUCCAAUGUUACUUUAUACUUUUGACGAAAACUUUGCCAGUGGCUGUAGCGUUUGUUGUCAGGAAUGCGCCGACCCGGACUCAUUGGAAGAUGCUUGCAAGAGGAAGCGCAAGAAACGGCGUUGCUGUAAGCCACGCUGCAAGCCCAGGCCGUGCUGCAAGCCGAGACGUUGCCGCAAGCCAAAGCCCCGCUGCAGGCCAUGCUGCAAGCCAAAGCCUCGCUGCAGGCCAUGCUGCAAGCCGAAGCCYCGCUGCAGGCCAUGCAAACGGAAGCCAGCUUGCCCCAAACGCCGCAAGCCACGUCGCAAGCCCUGCUGCCCAUCGUGCUAAUGCCACCUUUGCCAAGUCCUAUUAUCUCUGUUCAUCAGUGUGUGUGUGUGUGUAUGAAUCUUUGUGUUAAAUGGGGCAAAAUCUAGUCAUCUGGAAUCAAUUUUAAUUUUUAGCAUGUGUGCGUGUUUAUCAAGGGGGUGUCAAAUCAAUAAAUUACCA